UUAUCAGUAGCAAAACAGUCCCAUCCAGAAUUCCUGAUCUAGCCUUCCGAAUUUCAACUCACCAAACAAAAUCAGAAAUCUUCUCUAACAGAAAAAAGAAAGAAAGAAACGGAUUGCAAGAAGCAGAGAGAGUGAUAGUUUUGUUAAUAGUGAUAAAACCAUGGCGCAGCAGCAGCAGCAGCAGCAACUACAAGUGCAGAAGAACACACUGUACGUAGGAGGAUUAGCAGAGGAAGUGAAUGAGUCUAUUCUCCACGCCGCUUUUAUCCCUUUUGGUGACAUUAAGGACGUUAAAACUCCUUUGGAUCAAGCUACCCAGAAGCACCGGUCCUUUGGCUUCGUUACUUUCCUUGAAAAAGAGGACGCCUCCGCUGCUAUGGACAAUAUGGACGGUGCCGAGCUCUAUGGCCGUGUUCUUACUGUCAAUUACGCUCUUCCUGAACGCAUCAAGGGUGGUGAACAGGGUUGGGCGGCCCAGCCUAUUUGGGCGGAUGCUGAUACGUGGUUUGAGCGGCAACAACAACAAGAGGAAAUGGAACGAGUUCAGGCGGAGAACAGGGCUGCAAUGCAAGCUGCAGAAGAAUUGCAUAGAAAGAAAAUGGCAGAAGAGCGAGAAGGGGAAAAGGAAGAUGCAGUGGAAGUCAAGGAUGACCCAAUGGCAAGGGCUGAAGCAGAAGUUUUGAAACAGAAUAGCUCUUAACUUCUGAUGUGAUGAAACGAUGGAUGUCUUUCUUGUCAAAUGCAUUUUUAGGCUAAUUCUGAGUAACUCUAAUACAAGACAUUGUGUGUGCUUUGAAUGCUAACACUCAUAUAGACAAACCAUUUGCUUCCAUGCAAUUAAUGGUUUGGUUGUCAUUUUUGUUUUUGAUAUACACACUCAUUUGUCAUUCCAUAAAGAUCGAGCAUUAUGUUAGUUUUUAUUGAAA